UACUUUCAAAAGUAAAAGUGAAAGAGAUCACAUGAAACUCAAAAACUAAAUGUCAUAGCUUCCCAAAUGAGCUAUGUACGUAAUUGAGAUUAAAGUGGUCCUAAAACCAACUGAUUAUGACUACUGUAUAUCAAUGAAUUAAAGGCGCGCCUCAAGGCUCGGCUGAGGCUCAAAAGUCGGAAAUCAGCCCUUAAAUUGAGUGAGUUUCGAUGGUAAGGCGAUGAGGAUUCAAAGGCCGACACCAAGGCGCAGGCGCAGCGAAAUUUUUUAUUUUUUUUUUCAAAACCCAACGACGCCGGUUUAGGCUCCCUUGUGUUUUAAGCAUUAUCUUGGUCGCGAGAAAUUGCAGAACAGAGUUCCAGAACCGUUUUCAGCCUUCGCACUUCCAAAACGCAGCAAAUUCCCAGAAAAAUGAUAAAAAUCUCUUAGAACCCAUUAGUUUUCUCAAGAAUUUGGCUUUAAAGGAGACUCUUUUUCUCACUUGGAAUUCGAGUUGGAGACUUGGAGCAACCGAGCAAGAGAUUUGGAUUAUGGGAGUUUGAUUCGCAGCAAAAGAUUUGAAGCAGUUUUAUAUAGUUUUUCCCAAUCCAAACACAGCACCAAGACUGAGAAAUGGAGAAAGAACACAGAGCCUACAAAUCUCACUGCUUGGUGUUACCCUAUCCUAGCCAAGGACAUAUUAACCCUUUGUUCCAAUUCUCUAAGCUGUUAGAUCAUAAACAAAUCAAAGUCACAUUGGUCACUACUCGUUUUACCUCCAAGACAAUGCACAGAGGAUCCAGUGGCAUUGAGCUGGAGACAAUCUCUGAUGGUUACGACGAAGGUGGGACAGACCAGGCAGAAAGUAUACAAGCCUAUAUUGAGAGGUUUUGGCAAGUAGGACCAGAGACAUUGGCUGAGCUCUUGGAGAAGCUUUCGAGCUCAGGGUGUCCAGUCGACUGUAUUGUUUAUGAUUCGGUCAUGCCAUGGGCUUUGGAUGUUGCCAAGAAGUUUGGAAUAGUUGGGGCUGCCUUCUUCACUCAGUCUUGUGUUGUUGACAACAUCUACUAUCAUGUCAACAAAGGGCUGCUGAAACUUCCUCUUUCUGAAUCUGAAACUUCGCUUCCCGGGAUGCCACCACUUGGGCCCGUGGAUUUUCCAUCGUUUAUGUAUGAUUUGGGGUCUUAUCCAGCUUACUUUGAUAUUGUUCUUGGUCAGUUCUCCAAUGUUGAAAAAGCUGAUUGGAUCCUCUGCAACACGUUUUAUGAGUUGGAAGAACAAGUGGUGGAUCGGAUGUCUGACUUUUGGCCUGCGAGGACCAUCGGACCAACAAUACCAUCAGGUUACUUGAAUAAACAGCUUGAAGAUGACAAAGAAUAUGGUGUCAACCUCUUUAAAUCCAACAAUGAUGCCUGCAUGAAGUGGCUCAAUGAACAGCAAAAGGGGUCUGUUGUCUAUGUGUCAUUUGGUAGUACAGCAAAGCUUAAUGCCGAGCAAAUGGAGGAACUGGCAUGGGGUUUAAGGAGGACCAAAAGCACGUUCUUGUGGGUGGUCAGAGAAUCUGAAGCAGAUAAACUUAUAAAAGGGUUUGUAGAGGAGACAUUGGAGAAGGGUUUGGUGGUUUCAUGGUGCUCCCAGCUAGAGGUUUUGGCUCAUGAAGCUGUUGGGUGCUUCAUUACACAUUGUGGUUGGAACUCAACUUUGGAGGCUUUGAGUUUGGGGGUUCCAUUGGUGGCAAUGCCACAAAUGAGUGACCAAAGCACCAAUGCUAAGUACAUUAAGGAUGUGUGGAAAACUGGGGUUAAAGCUCAACCUGAUGGGAAGGGGAUUGUAAGGCAAGAAGAAGUAGAGCAUUGUAUAAGUAAAAUCAUGGAGGGAGAAGGUGGAAAAGAAAUAAAAAGGAGUGCCAUGAAAUGGAGAGAAUUGGCUAAAAAGGCAGUCGAUGAAGGUGGAAGUUCCGACAAAAACAUUGACGAGUUCAUUGCAAAAUUGGUUCAGCUCUAAAUGUUGCGCUCUAGUUCCUGGUAAUCAUGGUACUUCGAUACUUCGCUCUUUCUCUUUUGUAAUAUUGUAAGCCAUUUGGCUGAUGGCCUAAUGAUAGCCAUUGCUUUGCAGCUUGAUUGAAAGUCCUUUCUGAUAAAUAAAAUGGAUUGGUGUAAUAUUAGACGACUGUCCAACUUUAAUUUUAAGUGCCUAUAUUCGUA